UGAAGAUUUGGCAACCUUGCGAUGAUUUUUCUAAACCCAAAUCAGUAUGUGUACUAGUGUUAAAUUUCUAAACCGAUCGAAUGUUCGUCCGUUUCGUACUUUGAAAUUUGAACGUACACAUUAAACAGGCAUUGUGUAUUUCAGGUCGAAAAAUAGAUACAGAUAAAAAAAAAUGAAUCUUCUUUCUUUGCCUAACGAAGUUUUAAUAUGGUACAUCUUUUCACUGGAUACUAUUUCCAUAUCUGACUUGCAAAGUCUUAUGGUUUCCUGUCGGCCUUUAUACAAUAUUAUUCGAGAAUCAGAUGAGCUAUGGAGGCUCAAGUUCAUUCAAAGGUGGGGCAAUUUUCUUUCGCAGACUCCCAAUAGCUAUGAAAAUGUUUGGUUCGAGUGGACAACUAUGAGAUUAAAGAAAGCAAAAGAAGUUCAAAAAGCUGUUCAAAACAUGUCCUCUGUAGCUUAUCCAUUGGGUCAAUCUCCCCUCAUUGUGAUCAACGAGUUGAUUGCGGGGCCAUAUCCCAUUCCUGAAUAUGUGCAGAAUGAACUUGAAGAAAUCAUCUAUGACAAGAAAAUAAGAGAAAAUAAAACCACACUUCACUAUGCCAGAGAUGUAUUAGUCAAAGUGAGGAUCUCUAUACUGGACAAAAAGUGGAGAGAUUUUAUGGCCCAACCAGAAUCUCAAAAGUCUCUGUUUGAGGGAGUUGCACUUAUAUCACAGUGGGCAACAUUGGAACAUGGAAAAGGACAAACUUGUUUGAAAGACCUGGAAAGCUCCAUUGAAAAAAUAACUGAUAGAGUGAAACAACUGCUGGAAUUGGAAGUGGGAAAAGUAUCAUGUGCUAGCACUGAUGAUCCAAACAAGAAAAAUCUUAAAAUUUUGGAUUCCAUAAACCAAGUUAUGUUCAAUGAAUUGGGUUUUAAAAAACUUCCAAAUUGUGAUACUUCUGAUUACAAUCUCUAUUGUAAAUUUCAAAAGGCGUUUGAAAGAAAGAAAGGUUGCCCACCAGUUUUGUGUGCCAUCUAUCAGGAAGUGACUAGGAAAAUGGGCAUUGUUUGCAAGGCGGUUUAUUGUGGCCAGAAUUAUAUUCGCGCUAGUUUGUAUCCAUCCCUAGCAGGGUCGGUCGACUCGGUUAUGACUCGUUUAACGCAUUUUGUGUGGAGCCAAUAUGAUGAAUUUGGGCAGGACUCUAUGAGAGACGAUUUGUUAUUCUAUAUGCGAUUGGAGUGCUCCAUGUCGCCCCAAGACCCAAACAUAAUCACGCGCUACGCAGAAGACUGUAUACGUUUGGGCAUCCAAUUAGACGAUGCAAUCCAACUACUUCAAAAUAAUUUCUCAAGUCUCAAGUCUCAAGAAUAUGGGCCUUUUAUUGGUAAUGUAUUUCCUCCGAGUCCAUCGAAAAUGUUAGAGAAAUAUCUUGAGAAAUGUAUCAGUAAGCUCAACGAACAAAAAGCUGAAAUCGCUGCAGCGAAAACUGUUCAUCAUCGGCCGUCCUCGUUAAAAUUUUCAGUUGGUCUCGUUGUGAUUUGCAAUUACAAAAAAUGGGGAAGAAACUUUAGGAAGCCUUGCGUUAUUGUGUCAUGGAAUGUGAAGUUCCAAGAAUCGAAUGAAUGGAAAUCCAAGGUGACAUGCUAUGAUGGUUGUUGUUGUUGUUACAACAAAGAAGAUUCAGACGAUGUGAUAGUUGAUGAAGACGAAGCUUGUUCCCGAACAAAGAAAGUCAUUCCCAGCCAAGAUCAGCCGCACUAUCAUAUCUUGAUGGUUGAUAGUGAUGAAGAUAACCCCCAAUUUCAAUUAAACGUUCCUGAAGAAACCUUGGAGCUCCUUCCUGCGGCUGUUCCCAUCGGGCAUGAUAAAAUUUGGGUUCAUUUUGAGAGAUUCGACGGCCGUAGGUACUUGCCGAAUGCGGAGAAAGGAGCCCAGUUUCCCGAGGAUGAAGCAGUCACCUUAUCAUUGAUUGGAUAACUCAAACUGGUCAAUAUUUCUUUCUUUUUUUUAAUGGGUUUUACGGACCGUUCACUUUUAUUUCUUUAUUUUUUUCUCUCUUAUAACUUGGAAGCUUCUUUUUGUUGUGAAAGUUGAACGUCGUCGGCUUGAAAAUUCCGUAAAUCUUGAAUUCCAUUAAAUUAAACUUUUUGUGUCGCAGAA